AUGAUAGCGCGUACGUGGAAUUACAAGAAUGUCCCCGAGGCUCAGAGCCAGGUCCCCUCAGGCGCUCUGCCCAAACUGGAGGUUGUCGGCUGCCUAAACUGGCAUCCGUCGCGAAAGCCUGGAAGACGCAUGAGUCUAUCACCCGAAGUCGACGCUUCUACCGCUAAGAAACUGGCAGCCGAUCUCACAAGACCCUUUGGCCAAUCAACCGGGCGUGGCUUCUCCCUCACACGAUUCAAGAUGAGCAACUACUACCGAUCGCUCAUCAUGCCCGGCCGUGCCAUCACGCCGCGGACGCUCUACGAGAUCAGUCAUAUCGUAACAAGCGCCGACCCUAUCUGUGGACACCUUCGGUGGAGUGACGAGUACCCCUUUCUCGUCCUGCAGAUGGCCAGAUCCGGUCUCGACCAGCAUCUUACCGAACAAGAAGCCCACCAAGUCGCCGAUUUCUCGCAACCCAUAACAGCAUUGAACAGGCAAGUUACCCCCUUGUCGGCGGAGACGGCCCACAUACACAAACGACUUCGGUGUGCGCUGUUCCACAAAGCGUCCUGCACGUGUCUCGACAGUAUCCCGUUCAACGCCAUUCGGAGCUGUCCACGCUGCCAUACCGACUACACCGUCAGCGUCGUAUCCGAUUCCAUUCCGGGCUGGCCCGAGGCGCGAUUGUUGGUAUUCACGACAUGGAAGUUCUUGGGCGUUUGUAAUGACCAAGACUACUUUUGGUCCUCACAUAUAACAUCGGGGCCGCCAAAGCGAGUCUACAGCCCUGGGUAUAUGCAUUACUGCUUUGAAUCGCAGCCCCAGGACCACAACACAUACGCCAUCGAUAUCGGUGACAUCCAAGCACGCGUUGCUUUGGCCCGUCAGCGUCAGAGAGAAGCUAACCCUCAGUACACGGCUGUCGAGACGUCGAGCCCAGAUAGAACAUCAUUCGACGACCCUCCUCGUCUGGUUCGGAGUCUGGUUCGGCUUAAGUGAGGAUAGUCAUCCGACCCCGCUUGGUAUUAGUAGACUUGGCACACAUUGUAGCGUGAGACGCUGCUAGGAGAUAAGGAUAAGGGCCUCUUUGCACCUCAUGUCAAUUC